AUGCAAGAAUUUCUCCAAACCAGCCUUCCUUCCCCGCCAUUCUACAUAGCCGAUGGGAUCUCCAAUCUCCGCGACGUAGGAGGAUACGCCAUAUCGUCAACAGCCUCCGUAAGACGCAACUUUAUUUACCGCUCUGCGCACCUCUCGCGAGCCACGCCCGAAGGCGCAAAAGUGCUUGCCCAACAACUCGGGAUUUCCAAGAUCUUUGAUUUUCGUUCCGUUCCAGAGACAUUAAAAAACCCGUCCUGUGAGAUUCCCGGCGCAGAGAGGUUGCAUGUACCUGUUUUCACGGACCAAGACGCAAGUCCCGAAAGUCUCGCCUUGAGAUAUAAGCAUUAUGCUUCUGAAGAGGGACCCAAAGCGUUCAUGCAUGCGUACAAGGAGAUAUUGCAGAGUGGAGCAAGCAACGCAUUUAAGACUGUUUUUGAACAUAUCAGAGACCAGCCGAACCAGCCACUGCUCUUCCACUGUACAGGCGGCAAGGAUCGAACGGGUGUAUUUGCGGCAUUGGUCCUGCGUGUUGCCGGGGUACGCGAUGACGAUGUAAUUGGCCAAGAGUAUGAGCUCACGGAAGUGGGAUUGGGCUCGUUAAGAGAAGAGUUCAUACAAAAUCUGCUCAAGCAUCCUGCUCUGCAAGACGACCCGUCUGGCGCCCAUCGAAUGACUUCGGCAAAAGCUGAAGCGAUAAAAGCAACGCUAGCAUGGUUAGAUGCUACGUAUGGCAGUGUUGAGGGAUACAUGAAAAAGGCCAUUGGCUUUGGGGACGAUGAUAUCGCAAAAAUCAGGAAAAAUCUUCUCGUGGAAGAAAAGGCAAUUCUUUAA